CAAAAAGACUAUAAGAGAAGAGCUCCUCCUAAGAAUCUUCACUACAUCUUCCCCGGUUCUUGCUCUUCUGUUCCUCUCUUGUUGGUUGAGUUCACAGGUGGGCCGCUGACUCAAGAUGUCUGAGACUCAGUUGGAGAAAUGCUGCGAGUGCAUCAUCAACAUCUUCCACCAGUACUCGGUUCGGGUGGACCAUUUCGAUAUGCUCAGCAAGAGCGAGCUGAAGAAGCUGAUCGAGCAACAGCUGCCCAACUUCCUUAAGAAAACGAAAGAUCAGAAGUCUGUUGACGCCUUAAUGGCAGAGCUUGACAAGGACAAGAAUGGGCAGCUCUCCUUUGAAGAAACCAUGCCUUUUAUCGUGCGAAUACUGAUUGCUUGCCAUGACCACAUCCACCAGAAAGAAGGCCACGGCCACGGCCACAGCCACGGCCAAGGCCACGGCCACAGCCACUAAACGUCAUCAGUAACAUCAACAUUUUACUUUCUUGGUCAUUGUUGUUGCUGGGAGAUUGAACCAUUAAAGAUUGACCUCAUGUUC